GGUAAAGUCAUAACUGAAAUCCCGAAACCUACGGUCCAAUAAAACCCGAAGUCCCGAAUUCGCAAAAUGGCGCGUCACGGUUCACCUCACUCUCUUAACGGGCGCACCACACCCUUCACUUCCUUUGGAUGUGCGGUUAGUUGUUCCUCUUCAUGACAGACAAUCCUUCAAAAAUAUCAUCCCGCUUGAUAUUAUUAGCAUUUCCUUCUUAAAUCUCAACCUCUUCACCAUAAGAAAUCCAUUCAUCUCCUUCCCUUUCCUCUCCCAAACAGAGAAAAAAAACCCCAAAUCUCUCUGCUUUCUCCACUUCGUUUUCAAUCAACACAACCAUGAGAGAAAUCCUUCACGUUCAAGGAGGCCAAUGCGGGAACCAAAUCGGCUCCAAGUUUUGGGAAGUGAUCUGCGACGAGCACGGCGUGGAUCCUACGGGGAGGUACAACGGAGAUGAAUCGUCCGAUCUCCAGCUGGAGCGGAUCAAUGUGUAUUACAACGAGGCUUCUGGUGGAAGGUACGUACCUCGUGCGGUUCUCAUGGAUCUUGAACCUGGUACUAUGGAUAGUAUCCGAUCUGGUCCCUACGGCCAGAUCUUUAGGCCUGAUAAUUUCGUGUUUGGACAAUCCGGUGCGGGGAACAACUGGGCCAAAGGUCAUUACACUGAAGGAGCCGAGUUGAUUGAUGCUGUUCUUGAUGUUGUUCGUAAAGAGGCUGAGAAUUGUGAUUGCUUGCAAGGCUUCCAAGUAUGUCAUUCACUUGGAGGAGGCACAGGCUCUGGCAUGGGAACUCUCCUGAUAUCAAAAAUCAGAGAGGAAUAUCCAGACAGGAUGAUGAUGACAUUCUCUGUUUUCCCUUCACCUAAAGUCUCUGACACAGUUGUGGAGCCUUAUAAUGCCACCCUCUCUGUGCACCAGUUGGUAGAGAAUGCUGACGAAUGCAUGGUUCUUGACAAUGAGGCACUUUAUGAUAUUUGCUUCCGGACUCUAAAGCUCACUACUCCGAGCUUUGGAGAUCUGAACCACUUAAUUUCUUCAACCAUGAGUGGUGUAACAUGCUGCCUGAGGUUCCCUGGACAGCUGAACUCUGAUCUACGGAAGUUGGCUGUGAACCUGAUCCCAUUCCCACGUCUUCACUUCUUUAUGGUGGGGUUUGCACCACUCACAUCCCGUGGUUCCCAGCAGUACAUUUCGCUCACAGUCCCGGAGCUGACUCAGCAGAUGUGGGAUGCCAAGAACAUGAUGUGUGCUGCUGACCCUCGUCAUGGUCGCUACCUGACAGCCUCAGCUAUGUUCCGAGGCAAGAUGAGCACCAAAGAGGUUGAUGAACAGAUGAUUAAUGUUCAGAACAAGAAUUCAUCAUACUUCGUGGAGUGGAUUCCCAAUAAUGUGAAGUCCAGUGUUUGUGAUAUUCCACCUAAGGGUCUGAGGCUGUCGUCUACUUUUGUUGGGAACUCGACAUCAAUCCAGGAGAUGUUUAGGAGGGUAAGUGAGCAAUUCACAGCAAUGUUCCGUCGCAAGGCCUUUUUGCAUUGGUAUACUGGAGAGGGUAUGGAUGAGAUGGAGUUCACCGAAGCAGAGAGCAACAUGAAUGACUUGGUGGCAGAGUAUCAGCAAUACCAGGAUGCGACUGUGGAGGAUGAGGGUGAGUACGAGGAGGAGGGCGAGGAGAACUAUGAGCCCUAAAAUGUGUAGGCAAUUACCUGUGAAACAGAAUGAAGUUUGAGAACCUUUGCUGCCUAUGUACUACAGCGUGGCUAUCGUUGUUUGUUUAAUUUUUCUGCUUUGUUCUUGUAUUUUCCAAGGUGAUGAUGAUGUUGGUUUUUUUUCGUACAUUCAAAUAAAGAAAUUAUCAGUUUUACUUGCUACACCUGCUAAUAAUCAGGGACACUUGGAUGCAAUUUGGAAAUAGGCAAAACUUAUACAUAAUUCU